AUGGAGGACGAGGACGUUGCGAUCUGCUUACUGCGCAGUCUGCCCAAGAGUUUCGAGAACGUGGUUCUCAACUUGGAGAUGAGCAGCGCAGAGCUUCGAUCGCGGGACGUCGUGAAAGUGCUCACGAACGAGCAUGUCAAGCGGCAAGGUGACAAGACGACAUCGGUGAAGACUGAAGACGCGGCCAAGGCGUUUAGCACCGAGCGUGAACCGCAUCAUUGCACGUACUGCGGAAAACUGGGGCAUACAAUGGACCGAUGCUGGACCAAGCAGAAGAACGAAAAUCAAGGUGGAGCUCGACGCGGCGGCAACAAUGCUCGUGGACGCGGAGCCAACAACGUUCAGUGGCGAACCAACAGCAACUACGACGACAACUACGAUCGAGUUGCGUUCGCGGUUUCGCUGGAGGCUGGACUUUCGACGGGCAAGAAUAUGCCAGGGAUGUGGGCAGUCGACAGCGGUGCGACGCAUCACAUCUGCAACGACAAAGCCAAGUUUGCAAGCCUGAAUGAGCGAGAGGAAGGCGAAUUAUCAGUGGCUGAUGGCAGCAAGGCUGCGAUCAAGGGUGUGGGAACCUUCAUGGAACGGGUGGUUCUGCCCAAUGGUGACGAACGCGACAUCGAGAUCAAGGACGCGCUGUUCGUACCAAGUAUGAGCAAGAAUCUGCUUUCGGUGCCACAGAUCAACAAGGGUGGCAAAUUCCAAGUCGUGUUCGAUGGGUCCAAGAUGCAAGUGAAGCGCAAGAAUUCCACACAACUCGUGGCAACAGCGGAUCUUGUCGAUGGACUUUACUGGCUGCGGAAUCCUCAACGAUCGGCAAAUGUAGCAACACGCAAUGGGACUAUCGACUUGCAUGCGCGCAUGGGUCAUGCACCCCUUGAAGUUCUGCGCAAGAUGGUGGCCACCGGCAUGAUCAAGGACGCCAAGGCACCUCUCAACUCGACUGGUUCAAGUGUGUGUCGCGGUUGCCAGCAAGGAAAGAUGGUCCAGAAACCAUUCCCAACCAACCGUGACAAACGUCAAUAUGGUGUGUUCGAGUUGCUGCACUUCGACAUCUGCGGGCCAAUGGAACAAGUCUCGAUCGGCGGCAGCAGAUACUUACUGCUUGUGGUUGGCGAAGCCAGCGGUUGCAUGAAGGGCUUCUGUCUGCGGUCCAAGUCUGAGAGUAAAGACUGUAUCAAGAACCACAUUAUCAAGAUUCAGACUCAGUUCGGCACGAAGAUCAAGUUUGUUCGGCACGAUGAAGCGCAUGAGUUUGCGACCAGCUCGAUCAAGACCUUCUACGAAGGUCAUGGUAUCGAACAACAGGUCACGGUGCCGUAUGCACACCAGACCAACGGCACCGCAGAACGCGCGAUAAGGACCAUCGUCACGAUCGGACGCAGCUUGUUGCAUCAUGCAAAGCUGGAGAAGUGUUUCUGGGCUGAAGCGGCAAUGACGGCGAUCUACGUCAAGAACCGCCUGCCUUCACCCAAGAUCGACCACAAGACUCCGUUCGAGAUCGUGUACAAGUCGAAACCAAGUGUCAAGCACAUGCGCGUGUUUGGAUGUCGGGCGUUUAUCCUGACACAAAGGGAGAAGCGAUUGAAGUGGGACCCGAAGGCUCGUGAAGGGAUGUUCAUGGGCUACGAAGAAGCGUCAAAAGCUUAUCGAGUUGACGAUGAUGAAGAUGCGGAGUUGGACCUCGACCUCCUGGCGAUCAACGAGGACGACGUGCGUCAAACCGUCUACAAGCAGACUGGCAAGCGCAAGAGUGAAGCAAGACCCGGCAUGUCACGUUCAGCUCGCCCUCGAACUGGGUUGGAACAAGCAAGUGCGCCGGAACACGUCUCCAACCGUCACCAGAAACGACGAUCAAGUGCUCCAGAAACGAUGUCUGAUGACGAAGAAGACGCGAGCGUCUACGAUCAAGAUGACGACUCGACGCCUCCAACAUUUUGGCGUGCAAGUGCAAACGCAGUGGAAGCAACGGACCUAGCAGAACCUGUGACUUUUCAAGACGCGAUUAAUAGUCCUGAUUAA